AUGGCCCUCCUGGCGGGCGACGGCUCCGACUACGACUACAGCGCCCUGAGCUGUGACUCCGACACCUCGCUCAACCUCCCGCCGCCCCAGGAGACCGAGGCCCUCAAGGGGGCCUUCUACAAGCGGGCCCAGCUGGCCCCGGAGCCCACCGGCGGCCGCGGGGGGGCGGACGCCGCCCCGCCGACGGCGGCCAGCGCCCGGCGCCGGCCCUACGCCGUGGUCAACGUGGGCGGCGUGCGCUACCAGCUGCCCUGGAGCACCCUGGAGGACUUCCCGCUGUCCCGCCUGGGCCGGCUGCACCUGUGCCGCAGCUUCGACGAGAUCAUGCGCGUGUGCGACGACUACGACGUGGCGCGCAACGAGUUCUUCUUCGACCGCAGCCCCUGCGCCUUCCGCACCAUCCUCACCUUCCUGCGCGCCGGCAAGCUGCGCUCGCUGCGGGAGAUGUGCGCGCUCUCCUUCCGCGAGGAGCUCCUCUACUGGGGGCUCCCCGAGGAGAGCAUGGAGUGGUGCUGCCGCCGCCGCCUGCUGCAGCGGGUGGAGGAGUGCGAGGAGCUGGAGCGGGCGGAGGACGAGGACCUGAUGGAGGACAUGAUGGAGACGGAGAGCGGCGGCGGGGGCCGGGCCGGGGGGGGGUCCGGCGGCGAGGAGGGCGGGGAGGGGGCCACGCGGACGAGCCGCUGCAUGGCGAGGCUGCGGGACAUGGUGGAGAGGCCGCAGUCGGGCCUGCCGGGGAAGAUCUUCGCCUGCCUGUCGGUGCUGUUCGUCACCAUCACCGCCGUCAACCUGUCCGUCAGCACCAUGCCCGCCAUGCGGGAGGAGGAGGAGGCGGGAACGUGUUCCCAGAUGUGCUACAACAUCUUCAUCGUGGAGACGGUGUGCGUGGCGUGGUUCUCCCUGGAGUUCACCCUGCGCUUCAUCCAGGACCGCAGCAAGCUGGCCUUCCUGCGGCGGCCGCUGAACCUCAUCGACGUGAUGGCCAUCCUGCCCUACUACAUCACCCUGGUGGUGGACAGCACCUCCACCUUGGAGAAGCGGCCCGGCUCGGGCAGCAGCUACCUGGACAAGGUGGGCCUGGUUCUGCGCGUGCUGCGGGCCCUCCGCAUCCUGUACGUCAUGCGCCUGGCCCGCCACUCCCUGGGCCUGCAGACGCUGGGGCUCACGGCGCGGCGCUGCACGCGCGAGUUCGGCCUGCUGCUGCUCUUCCUGUGCGUGGCCAUCGCCCUCUUCUCCCCGCUGCUCUACCUGAUCGAGAACGAGAUGGCCUCGGCGCGGGAGUUCAGCAGCAUCCCGGCCACCUACUGGUGGGCCGUCAUCACCAUGACCACGGUGGGCUACGGCGACAUGGUGCCGCGCUCCAUCCCCGGCCAGGUGGUGGCGCUGAGCAGCAUCCUGAGCGGCAUCCUGCUCAUGGCCUUCCCCGUGACCUCCAUCUUCCACACCUUCUCCCGCUCCUACGUGGAGCUGAAGCAGGAGCAGCAGCGGCUGCUGCAGCGCCGGACGCACUUCCUGCUGCGGAGCCGCAUGGCCGGCAUGGGCAGCAGCGAUCUGUCCCUGGACAGCCUCUUCCCCGGGGGCGCCGCCGAGCGCCCGGGCAGGCUCUGA